ACUGAAGGAAUACGGCCCAAGGGGACAUUGCGCGCGCUGUUCUGCCGCUCUAGAGCUCGGGAGUGGCACCGCUGUCGCUCGAGGGAGGGAGCGAGGCGCGGGACACUUCCUGCCUCGCGCUCAGUUUCUAGAGCGGAACGGAAUGGCAGAGAAGAGCGUCGACUCCAGCGGCUCCGGCUGUUGGAGAGGUCCCGGGCAUUCUCCCGGAGAGGGGGCGCCUGGUGCCAGCUCAUCUAAAUGGGUCCGCUUGAACGUCGGCGGCACCUAUUUCCUGACCACACGGCAGACACUGUGCCGCGAGCCCAAGUCUUUCUUAUACCGACUGUGCCAGGCCGACCCCGACCUCGACUCCGAUAAGGAUGAAACAGGUGCCUAUUUGAUAGACAGAGACCCCACCUACUUCGGUCCGGUGCUGAACUACCUGAGGCACGGUAAACUGGUCCUGAACAAAGACCUCACUGAAGAAGGUGUGCUGGAAGAAGCCGAGUUCUACAACAUCGCCUCACUAAUAAAGCUGAUCAAAGAGAGGGUCCGGGAGCGAGACAGCAAACCGUCGCUGGUUCCGAUGAAGCACGUCUACAGAGUGCUGCAGUGCCAGGAAGAGGAGCUGACGCAGAUGGUGUCCACCAUGUCCGACGGCUGGAGAUUUGAGCAGCUUAUCAGCAUCGGGUCGUCCUAUAACUACGGGAACGAAGACCAGGCGGAGUUUCUGUGCGUCGUUUCCAAGGAGCUGCACAACCAAUCAUACGGCAGCAGCAGCAGCGAGCCCUCGGAGAAGGCCAAGAUUCUUCAGGAAAGAGGGUCUCGAAUGUGAAGGACCAGCGUCGAAACCCCGCGAGGUGCGGGUGGGCCGACACAAACCACCCAGGGCGGAACGCGUCGCCAGGAAACCACCCGGGAGGCCGCACUUCCUGCCCCCCGCCCCCACCUUAACCUUACUGCACACAGCCAGCCAAUCAGGUGACUGCUCUUGUGCCUGCGAAUUAAAACUGGACUGGAAUCUUUUAAUGUGGGUGUGGGUGGGCGGGAAAAAACGACAGUUUCUUUUCUUUUCUUUCUCAACGGUCGGUGAUGGUGUACGUGGUUUCUAAGUACGCUGAACAGAGCUGGAGACUCGGUCAUAACUGACCGGUAGUUUACUCAGGGUCUCCUGCUCUUUGAGUUUUGUAGUGUGUUCACACCUUUCUAAGUCCCGAAAGGUAUUUAAGAAAAACUUUGCAAAUACAUAUUUAUCUUGUGACAGGCAGAGACUUCAGAUAGUCAAACGAUGUGUCAGCAGUCAAAAUGGGUAAGACUAGAGGGUAUUUGAAGGUAAAUAACAGACCGAAGCUAGGAUUCUGAGGUUUGGGUGGCAGGGUAAGGGCUGAGGGUGGAAAACUACCGACUCUGAGGAGGGUGUGUUCCUGCAUGUUAAAUUGUCUGCCAUAAAAGAUGAGAAAUGACACACUUCCUUCAUGUCUGAAUAUCAUCUCUCUCCUUAUAGCACAGAAGGAAAUGCUGACCUAUUUUUCUAAAGUUACCCUUCUGUUUUGGAAGAGUAGUGUUCUUUUCUGUCUGUGGAAUUGGACUCCACAGGGAUUUGACUCUAUCUUGGUGUUUAUGAUAUAGAGACAAAUGGCAAAGAACAAAGCAGUUCCUGUUGUUUGAUAGUUCGAUAGGUUUCAUAUACAGAAAAGCAUGCUGAAUUCAACAGGUUUCUGUUCUGUGACUAGUUUAUACACAGGUUAUUAUAUAUGGACAUUUAAUAAUCACGACAGGCCUUGUACUUCUUUGGGGUUGACCUUUGAUAUAAUUUUGACAACCUCGUUUGAAAAAGGAUGCAAUGACAUGAUCUUUAUUUGGGAAAGACUGACUUGAAGACUGGUGUUACUGUCUUUUUUCAUGUUGAGUGAAAUCCUUUCCUGUUUUACAAGACUGCACAUGCAGUCAGGGGUUUUGUUUGUGUCUGUAUGUGUGUGUGUGUGUGUGUGUGUCUGUGUCUGUAUGUGUGGUCUGCAUGCGUGUGUUUUUGUGUGUGUGUGUGUAUAUGUUACAUACACAGUUCAAAUCACCGCAUUGUGCAAGACUUCUGGGUAAUACUGGUUGACCUUGAACAGAGUACAGCCUGACACUGUUAUACCACUGAGCGUAGAUAUUUUAACGAUGCAUUUUUAAAAAAAUAAACGUCAAUAAACUCGUUGCUGUGGCCAACCCAUAUAUGCGAUUCGGUAUGAAUCCAGUAUGUUUUGCUUUAUUGAUAUUUUAUUUAAAUGAAGAAAAAAAAAACAAGACAUGUAAUAGUGUUGCCUUAGUCCAAUGACCAAAUCAAUGCCUAACUUGUGACAAAAAAAAAUAAAGAUUAUUUAGGGUCAGGGAUUAUUGGAACACUUUGAAACUAUUUACAUAUCUACACAGCUUUUUGAUAUGAGUACGUAAAUGAUUGGUGUCAAAGUGUAUUUGGUGCACACAUUUGGGUAUGUACGUGCAUGCGAUUUAGUUUCUUAACACAAACACAAGGGCUGUUAAUUGUUGAGCAAAAAAAAGUCAUUUCAGGAGAGCAAAAUUGCUUAAUUGCCAGACCAAGGCAUUGUUUACAUUCGGAGUUCUGAAGCUUUCCAGUAAACUCACACACCGCUCCUUAGCUUGGCUUCCUGACACAUUUUAGAGCGUUUAAAAUGCUUCUCACUCAGCCGUUAGCCUUGUGUUCUUACGACGCCCGAAGGGGCGAUCGCUUUAUCUGCUGCCAUGUGGAGCUUGGCUUGCGACCCACGCCCCCAUGAACCGGCGUCCCGCAGCGGUCUGCUCGGCUCCUAUUGGCCAGUGACGAAGGCUGCUCGGCUCCCAUUGGCCAGUGAUAAAGACCGGCCAAUCCGUAGCCGGUGCCCGGGAAGGGACCACCCACCACAUUGGGGCACAUUGGAGAAGGCACAUCCACCGCGUGGCAAUACGCUGGAGAGAGAGAGAGAGAGAGAGGUGGUGGGUGGCGGCGGCGGCGGCUGAUUGGUCGAUCUGGUCUCUGUGUUCGUGUCACUGCAGUGGUGUUCUCUGGUGUUUCGACCGCAGCGUUUACGGUGCUAGUCUACCUCCCGCUCUUCCUGCACAGCGCGGCCUCGCUGAGCUCCACUGUGCCGUGUUUCGGAACACAUCCGCUAGCCGACGUUAGCCUUUUAUUUAAAAUCAGCCUCUGAUGUAGCAGAAAGAUUGAACAUCUGCCCCUUCACCACAGGCGUUUGUCCUCCUUAAGUGUUGUUCCAGACUUGACUUUUACCUUUAUGAAUCUGCAAAAUGUAUUUUUUAAGAACAAACUUGAGGUUUGUUUGUUUUUUAUUAUUAUAUUUUAUUUUCUGCACCAGUGUAUUGCUAUUGUUGUGAUUCUAAUAUCCUCUGAAAUGUUUUGUAUUUGUAUAUUUAAAUUUGUUUAUGUGUAAAGUACAAGAUAUACAAUUUUAAGUGGGUACACUGAAUAAAAUGGAGAUACUGGGUUUAGUCAAAUAAACAUACUUUCAUUUA